AUGCCUUUCAAGAGAUACGUCGAGAUCGGGAGGGUGGCUCUCGUUAACUACGGCGAGGACUAUGGGAAACUCGUCGUCAUUGUCGACGUCCUUGACCAGAACCGAGCUCUUGUUGAUGCCCCUGAUAUGGUGAGAUCCCAAAUGAAUUUCAAGAGACUUUCCCUAACUGACAUCAAAAUUGACAUCAAAAGGGUCCCCAAGAAGAAGGAACUGCUUGCUGCCAUGGAGGCUGCUGAUGUGAAGAAGAAGUGGGAGAAUAGCUCUUGGGGUAGGAAGCUGAUUGUUCAGAAGAGAAGGGCAGCUCUUAAUGACUUUGAUCGAUUCAAGCUCAUGCUCGCUAAGAUUAAGAGAGCUGGGCUGGUGAGAACCGAGCUUGCAAAACUGAAGAAGGAGAGUGCAUCUUAG